UGCAAUUGCAAACCUUUGAUGUUUGCCAACUAUAUAUAUGUAUAUAUAUACAUUUGUGUCUGUCAGUUAUUCUUAUUGAUGGAGAUGGGCAAGAAUGAAGAGGCUUUGGUGGUUUGUAGUGAUAGGAGUACGGGAGUUGGGAUAACUAUAUGGGACAUGAAAACCGGGGAGCAACUUCUUCAUAUUCCCACCUGUGCUGCUGCUCCUCAUGGGCUGUUGUGUUUGAGGAACCAGUUCCUUGUUGCUUCUCAAAGUAACAGGCAUGGUUCAUUUGGUGGUGGGUCUAUCUUUAUUUGGCCUUUGAAUAAGCCUCAAUCACCACUCCGAAGCUACACAAUGGAGGCUAUUGGCCCCCUUUCUUGCACAAAGGAUGGCUUAUAUAUUGCAGGUGGAGCUUCUUCUGGGAAUGCUUAUCUUUGGGAGGUUGCUAAUGGAAGAUUGCUGAGAACAUGGCAUGCUCAUAAUAAGUCUUUGAAGUGUAUGGUCUUUUCUGACGAUGAUUCGCUUCUUAUUUGUGGUUCUACUGAUGGAAUCAUCUGUGUUUGGUCUUUGAUUAGUUUGCUAGAUGUGGAAGAUUCUGGAAGUUCACCUCCUUUGCUACAUUACUCAUCAGAACACAGAUCUUCCAUAACUGGUUUAGUGACUAUGUCAGCUGGUGCACGUUCCAUUUUCGUAUCAAGCUCUCUGGAUGGAACAUGCAAGGUUUGGGACCUAAUUUCAGGAAGGCUUUUACAAACUCAUGUUUAUCCAACAUCAAUAACAGCAAUCACUCAUCAUCCGGUAGAGCAGCUAUUGUUUUCUGGUAGUGUAGAUGGAAAAAUAUUUGUUAAUAUGCUUGAUAUCGGACUUGUUGAGGAUCCUCUCGUCACUACUGAAGAUCAAGCAUUUGAGCUAAAAGGACACAAUGGAUCUAUAACUGCAUUGACUUUCAGUGGAUUUGGUUUGAUAUCUGCAUCGGAGGAUUUCACCUUCUGCCUUUGGGAUACAAUCAACAGGGUGGUUAUCAGAAGAUUCAACCAUAAGAAAGGUGCAGUGACUAAUAUGGUAGUGAUUAAUCAGUCUGCAUUGUUUUCGAUGUCAAACCAUCGAAGAGUUCCCAAUCAGUUCCGUGUUUCUUUGCUCCAAAAGUAUCCUCAGCCUUCCAACUCGGGCAAGGGAAUGGUUCCUUUUCUCUCUUUGUCAGCUUGCCUCAACAAACAAACUGCAACUAAUUUCCAGGGAAACAAUUUGCUACACCACUUAAUAUUUGAUUCGGAGCGAGAAAAAACACCUGCAAUGAUGCAAAUGAAAAUGGAGAAAAGCAUAGACGAUCGAAUGUUGGUUACAAGCAUGACAAAGCAUGUAAUGGAGAUGAAUAAGCAUUUGCAAUCUCGUUUGCUGGACAUGAUGCAAUGCAGAUUGCUAUGCCCUCAUGAAACAGACUCGCCUCCGAAGAAAAAGAGACAAACCCCAGACUGA